AUGAAGGUGAAUUUGAAUAAAGAUGAAUUUAUACGAUCGCGUUUUUCUUCUUCUUCUUCUUCAUCUUCGUUACAAAGAGUUAUAGUUGUUGAUCAAAAUGGUAAAGGAGAUUCAAUUAGUGUUCAAGGUGCAGUUGAUAAAGUUCCUUCAAAUAAUUUACAAAGAGUUAUUAUUUACAUUCAUCCUGGAACCUACAGAGAAAAGGUACAUAUACCAGCAUCAAAGCCAUUCAUAUCAUUAGUUGGUGAUCAAAAUCAAACAGCUAGAACCAUUAUUUCUGGUCAUGACAAAGCCUCUGACACUGACCAAUAUGGUUCUAUUUUAGGCACUUCUAGAACUGCAACACUCACUGUUGAAUCUGACUACUUUUGUGCCACUGGCAUCACUAUCGAGAACACAGUAAUUCCAGAUCCUAAAGGUGUUGGAAUGCAAGGAGUGGCAUUGAGAUUAACUGGUGAUAGAUCAGUUUUGUAUAGAGUAAGAAUAUUGGGAUCACAAGAUACACUUUUAGAUGAUGCUGGAUCACAUUAUUUUUACCAAUGUUAUAUUCAAGGAUCUGUUGAUUUCAUUUGUGGAAAUGCUAGGUCACUUUAUAAGAAUUGUACUCUACAUUCAAUAGCCAAAGGGUAUGGAGCAAUUGCAGCACAACACAGAGACUCAGCAGAUCAAGAUACUGGUUUCUCUUUUGUUAAUUGUAAAAUCAAAGGAAGUGGCAGAGUCUUUUUGGGCAGAGCAUGGGGAGAAUAUUCAAGAAUUAUAUAUUCCAAAUGUGAUUUUGAUCCUAUUAUUGAUCCAAAAGGUUGGACUGAUUGGAAUCAACCAUCUAGGCGCCAGCAUACAGUGUUUGGUGAAUACCAGUGCAGGGGCAGUGGAGCAAAUAGAGCAGGUAGAGUGACAUGGUCCAAGACACUCAAUGAAUCUGAAGCAGAACCUUUCUUGGAUUUAAAGUUCAUAGGUGGACAACAAUGGCUCAGACUCUGAACUUUCACACUUCAAUUUUCUGUGUCCUAUUUGCAAAUUCAUUCAAAAACAGAACUAAAUUGGCUUAUG